AUGGAACUGAAACUACUGUUGAGACAUCAAAAUGUCUGGUUUGUCACAUUAAAACAUAUUCAUUUUAUAAAGGCCGUCACACUAUUAAAUUCAGGUAGUAUAUUUCCUGAUGAAUUAAUUACUUUUUUGAGUGAUGUAUUUGGUGGAAAAGCUUCUGAAACACACAUAUUUAAAACAAAUGAAAUUUUAGAAAAGUGUGAAGUAGGGGGCACUAUAUCAGAUAAAGGUUUCCUUGAAAAACAAUCAUGCUAUAAUGCAGGAAUCAAGUUAAUCCGUCCAACUUUUAAGGGAAAAAAUUAUCAAUUUAGUUUAACAGAUGAUGUAGCAAAUAUAGAAAUUGCUAAAGCUAAAGUUUAUAAUAGGGGAGCAAUGUAA